AUGGCGUCGGUAACACCGACUGCCGCGAGAGGCAGAUCCAGUCGCCAUGAAGUGAUACGAUCGGAAGACUGGCCUGAAGAGGUCAGCGAGCCACACUCGCGGGAUUGGGAACAUAUGGAGUUCAAUGGAGACGGACUGAACACUGGUGUCCGGGUGCUAGGUGACGGACGUCUGGACAUAAAAAUCAACGAACACAAGCCGAGUAUCGCGGGGUUGUUGAAUCGCAUGCAGAAAACACCUCGAGCGUCCGACCUAGAGGAUCUCGAACAGGAGCAGACACCGGAAGCCAUACCGAAAGAUGAAGGAAAGUUCUUUCCGCUAAAUUUGAAUAUCGUGAUCCAAGUGAUCGGUUCCAGAGGCGAUAUCCAACCAUUCGUUGCACUGGGCAAAGAAUUGAAGGCACAUGGACACCGUGUACGACUAGCAACGCAUCUUGCGUUCCGUGAUUUUGUGCUUGAUAGUGGCUUGGAAUUCUUCAAUAUUGGAGGGGAUCCCGAGGAAUUGAUGGCAUUCAUGGUUAAGAACCCUGGACUCCUGCCCGGGCUCCGCACGAUCCGUAGUGGAGCCAUCAAGAAGCGUCGUGCAGAUAUGAAAUCGAUCAUAUACGGAUGCUGGAGAUCCUGCAUUGAAACAGGCGAUGGGACCGAUCUGCAUCAAAUCAAGGAGGAUCUUUGGAACGACACAGUGGAUCAUCGACGACGUCCAUUUGUCGCUGAUGCUAUUAUCGCCAAUCCACCCAGUUUGGCCCAUGUUCAUUGCGCACAAAGAUUGGGGAUUCCCCUUCAUAUGAUGUUCACAAUGCCAUGGACGCCUACGCAGUCUUUUCCGCAUCCGCUUGCAGUGCUCAACCAGGCUGGCUGCAAGCCCACAGUUGCGAACUUUGUAUCUUAUGCAGUUGUCGACAUGAUGAUUUGGGAAGGAUUGGGGGACCUGGUGAACACCUGGCGGAAGAAUUGUCUCGCAUUGGACGACCUGGAUUCGAUCACAGCACCCAGUUUGAUCCAUCGCUUACGCAUUCCCUAUUCGUACCUUUGGUCACCCUCGUUACUCUCGAAACCAAAAGAUUGGCCCGAGAACGCUGAUAUUUGCGGAUUCAGUUUCCUUCCAACGAAGUCAGAUUACGAACCCCCAAAAGAGAUCGCCGACUUUCUUAAGGCUGGACCAACACCGAUCUAUGUUGGGUUCGGAUCCAUUGUGGUAGAUGAUCAGGUCAGAUUGACAAAGAUCGUAUUUGAAGCUAUCAAGAAUGCUGGUCAACGUGCGAUUGUUUCAAAAGGCUGGGGCAACUUGGGAGUCGACCAAGUCGAUGCCCCCGACAACAUCCUCAUUAUAGGGAGCGUUCCACACGACUGGCUGUUCCAGCAAGUAUCGUGUGUCAUUCACCACGGUGGUGCCGGUACAACAGCUGCUGGGCUUUCUUUGGGAUGUCCGACUAUCAUCAUUCCUUUCUUUGGGGAUCAACAAUUUUGGGGGAAAAUUGUCGCAAAGGCAAGGGCUGGUCCAGUACCCAUUCCCUAUAAGCAAUUGACAGCCACGAAGUUAACGGAUGCCAUUCAAUCGGCAUUGGAGCCAGCAAUUAAGAAGAAGGCACGGGAAAUUAGUGAAAACAUGAAGAGUGAAUCUGGUGUUCGGGACGGAGUGCGCAGUUUCCAUCGUCACCUUGAUUUGGCAUCAUUGCGAUGUGCGAUAUGUCCCUCUCGACCUGCUGUUUGGCACAUCAAACACACCGAUAUAGGACUCAGUGCUUUUGCAGCAUCUGUUCUGGUCGAGAUGGGACGGUUGAAGCCUGACAAUGUCGUCUUGAACCGCCCACAGGAAUAUGACACCUAUCGCGACCCAGUCGGUCCAAUCAGUGCAUCAACUCAAGUACUAUUUGGAGCGGUUGCAAACUUUGUGACUGGACUCGCAGAUCUACCCAGGAACAUGGUCACGGAUAUUGUGUCUGCCGGUCGUGCCAUCGGACAUCCCCCUGAUCGCCCUGACUUUAGGCAAGCAUGCGGUUAUACAGAAAGAAGUAUAAUGCGCCGAGGGGAUAGUUCUGAAAGCGAUGAGUCCUCCCAGCACCAGGGGUCAAAUGAGCAGUCGUCAUCGACACCAACGCCAACCCACGAUUUGGAUGAAACGGACGACGGAUUGAGUCUGAGCGACAGCAGCAGAAUCGAUGAAAUAGACAGCGAUACGCCCAAGGCCAGCAGGGAUCGCCAACGAAGCCUGCAGCUGGAGAAAUCUCACACGAUGACAUGCGGAUCGAAAUGCGCGCAGCGAAAGAAGGGUGCUGUUUUUGAAAUGCAAUAUCAUGGUGGUCGGAUGUCGAAGAAGCUUUUGAAGACUGUUAUCUGGCUUCCAACAGACCUCACACUAAGCCUAUCGAAAGGAUUUCACAAUGCCCCCAAGUUGUAUCAUGACCGGAUGGUUAAAUCCACACCGAAGGUGAUUGGUUUUCGGAGUGGACUGCGGGCCGCUGGCAAGGAAUUCCGGGAUGGCUUCUACUAUGGAGUCACAGGCUUGGUCACCCAACCCCAGUAUGGAUACAAGCAUGGAGGCGCCGCAGGGAUGGCCAAGGGAAUCGGUAAAGGCGUUGGAGGUGUCUUCUUAAAGCCACCGGCAGGUAUAUGGGGACUGGCUGGGUACCCUUUGGUUGGACUUCGCAGAAAACUUCAAGUUUCACUUGGAAAGGCCCAACAGGAUGAUAUUGUAUUUUCUCGCAUAGCACAGGGUCAUGAAGAGAUGCGCCAAUCUUCUGCAGACGAGAGGGCAGAAGUUGCGAGGCAGUGGUUUAUCCUCGAAGAAGAUCUGCGAAGCACGAAACGACAUAGCAGCCAUCAUAUUCGGUCUCGUAGCCAUAUCUCAUAG